GGGGUAAGUUGUCAGCAGGUUCGGUUGAGCGGCGCAGUGCCUGAGGUGUGGGGUUAGUUCGGAGCGUGACGUCUGAGGUGUAUGUGUUCUAUCCAAGAGACAACUUCAGCGGGCAAGCAAGAAUGUUUCUCACAUCCAAAGAUGCCAACUCCAUUCUGAAGCGGUUUCCAAGAGCAAAUCGUUUUCUAGAAGAGAUCCGGCAAGGCAGCAUUGAGCGAGAAUGUAUGGAGGAGAUCUGUGUUUAUGAAGAGGUAAAGGAGGUAUUUGAGGACAAUGAUAAAACAAUGGCGUUCUGGAAGGAAUAUACCAGCAAUUUGUACACAACACCGAGCAACAACUCUGGCCUGCGUGUGGAGCGCACUGAUGCAAUCUAUGUUGUCGUUCCUCUCCUGGGUGUAGCACUAUUAAUUGUUAUUGCACUCUUUGUGAUCUGGAGGUGUCAGCUGCAAAAGGCAACUCGACGCCGCCCAACGUACUCUCAAAGCAGGUAUCUGACAAGCCGCACGACACGGAGCUUGCCACGAGUUCUUGUGCAUCGGGAAACGUCACAUGCUCAGACAGAUGCGUCUCAUCAUGAUCAGGGCAGCAGACCACCUUUAGACCGCAGUGAACCCAGUGCCCCGCCAUCAAACAGAACUUUGUAUGCACAGGAUCAAUCUGCGUCGGUCUCUUCUAGAUUGUCCAACGCCACUCCCCCACCUUCAUAUGAAGAGGUUACUGGACAUGUGGAAAGCAGUGGGGAGGAGACAAACACACCAUACAGUGACCCACCACCAAAAUAUGAAGAGAUUGUUAGAGUGCAUUCUGCUGUUUCAUCCCAGACCACCACUAACAAGUAACUUGCUGGGGAUUUGAGAGAAUUGAAUCAGUGAUGAUAGCAUGUUGAUGUGUGUGACCUCUUGCUUUCAGACAACAGUCUCUGCCUGCGGUUACUUGGAUAAAAUUUACUUCCGGAAACCACGCAAGUGUCCAGGUCAGAUGGUCCAGUCAAGUAAAGCAAACUUUUAGUUAGAUGAGGAGGCCAAUGGAAAUCGAUGACUUUUUGAAACAAAAUUGGGUUGUGCUUUCUCAGUCUGGGAGGUUUGUCUUGUGGAGACACGGUAAUCAAUUUACCCUGCAAUUCAUUUUGCAGGGUAAAGGAGGUGCUUUACCCCCUUAAGUGCAUGAAAAUACCCUAACUUUAGCCAAACUAAAUUGGAAAAAUAGGCUGAAUCGGCAGGGGUGACUCAGUGUUACCACUGUAGUGAUGGAAAAUGCCAAAUUGAUUAUUGUUAUGUGUGAUCUUAUUUCUUUAUUAAUUCAGCACCACUGCCAAUUUUGUCAUAUUUUUACAAUACUCACAAGGCUUGUACACAAGCAAGAAGAGUAAAUGCUGUUAGAGUCUUAAGAAAAUGCAGUGGCCUUGAUCAGUCCUUUGUUUGGGAUCUGUAAUGUAUUUUAGUUUAAGCACAGAAGAGAAGGUAUGCCUUAUAAGCAGACUUCUGCUUCCUCAGUUUAUACUUGAAAUAAGCUUCAGGGAAUGGGACAAAAUUCAUGUUAUUAGUUAAGAAAUCUGCCACAGGUGCAUGUUGCAAAUUGACAACCCACAAUUCCAGGCUUGGGAGUUUUAUCCAAUACCCCUGUUCUUUACUCUGAUCAGCUGUGUUUUGAAAUUCAGAAUAAUUUUUAAAAAUCCUGGUGACUGAGUGAUAAUUGACAGCUAAAUUUGUGCCCAUGAAGGCUGCCGAUUUACCAGUCUGACAGGGGUAAGUGCUUGCUGGAAUAAUUGAUUGUGAUAUUUGGAAAAUUUCUAAGGAAUACAAAACUUAAAUAAUAUAAUAAUAGUGUAUUAUUAAUUACUUAUCAAAAUGGGAAUUGAUUGCUAUCUCAUUUUGUUCCGCUGCAUUUUAUUGAGUUUUGGAAAAAAAAAGCUGAAAGUGUGAAUGUCUGCUUAUUAAGCAUUGAGGAAAUAGAAAUGGAUGAUUGCAUGUUUCACAAAGGUGAUAUUGAAAUUCUGUACAAUUUUUUUGUAAACAAAUAGCCGUAACCAUCUUCACUGAUCCUGGAAUCCUAAUUGAUCCUCUAAACUCUUUCAGAGGUUGAAAUUUCACAUGGUCUGAGCCAACAAAAUGUGUCAUGUCAUUUUGGGUCCAUAAAUUGUAUUUAUUGACGGGAUUAGUAAAGCGUACAAUUUACUUUAGAGGUUUGAUAAAGAUUUUACCACAUGUUUUUUGGUUACUGAAUCUCGGAUGUUCAGGUGGGAAACCUACAUGCAGGUAAGUUAAACCCUUCAAUCAGUGAUUUACAGUCUUGUAAAAUAUGGCUUCAAAAUAGCUGGAAAAUUCUUGACUUUGUAUCAUAUUUGCAAUUUAAUAAAGAUCCUCCUCCCAUUCAAUAAGGAUUCCAUUGGAGCAGCUUUUUGCCAUCCAAAUGUAAUAAACCUGAGAUUCCUUCAUGGCUCAAGUUAUACCCGAGAAACUGUUCAGGAGUUGAACAACUUAACUCCUGCUUCCGAGCAUCCUUGUUAAGGUGACCUGAUUGAUUUUAGGAAUGUAUUGUUUUGGGCUAAUUGUAAUGAAACAAAGCUAGUAAUUCGACUUUCUCCUUUAACAUUCUUAUCCAUAUGUUUAAAUCACUUUUUGUCUGGCCACUCUCGAUCUUGGAAACCAAUUCUAAAACAUUAUUCUCUCUAACUUUCCAAUUUGAACGCAUCCUUCCUUGACUUAGUCCCCUUACUGGGAAGAAUACCUUUAGUAGUCAAGCUGCAAUGCUUUGGAUUGCCCUCCCUGUCUUUUUUGGAGGCAUUCCUUAAGACUCAACCCUUUGCAGUUUUUAGUCACCACCGCAGAAACGCCAACAUCACCACCUCAUUUGUCUUAACAUUUCCAGGUCAUCUGUUUAUACUACUGUGAAGCACCUGGCUUUUUUCUUUACAUUAAAAUGUAGAAGAUUAUUCAGUUGUUGCAUUUGUGAGGGUAUAUUAUGUGGUAUACUUUAUUCAGAGUAAUUUUUUGAUCUUAUUUCUGUUCUUGAAUUAUUUUCUGACAUUUACCCAGUGUCACAGCUUACAUUAUCCUCUUUUUUAAGCAUUCCCAAAACCAUUGCAUUCUUGAAUGAUUUGAAAUAAAGAUAAUUUAACAAUAAUUCAUAAAUAUAAAAAUAUAAUAAUUACAUAAUUAAUUUUGAUUUUAUUUUAAAUCUUCUGAAUGGAAUUGAAAUGCUGUUAGAUUGGAUGGUGGCUGGGCUACCUUCCUUUCCCAUUGCAUUCAUUUUAAAAGAAAUUAACAUAACUAUAUAAACUUUAACAUAUUUCCAAAACUAAUUUCUUAGUGCUUUGUGCAUUGUAAAAUGAUUGAAGUGUGCCCUGCUUCAAACACUCUCCUGUGGAUGUUAAUGGUAGUGGCACCUGACGUGAUUCCUUUUUAGAAUUGUGUUGCGUGGAUCAAUAAAGUUGUGCUUUUUUUUUGGAAAAAAAUUCUGUUUGAGAUUCAGUAUGCGCUAAAGUCCACUGAAUGCUAAUAAAAUAUAAU